AUGGCGUUUACGGAUGACGCCGUCAAGGCAAAGCUCUCAGCAUUGAACGAAACCCAAGAGAGUAUCGUCACUGUCGCGCAAUGGGUUAUGUUUCAUAGACGACACGCCGACCGUACCGCGCAGAUCUGGCUGCAGAAGAUCCGUGAUUCUCAACCCCUCAAGCGCCUUAAUUUGGUCUACCUUGCCAACGAGGUUGCGCAGCAAUCCAAAGCUCGGAAUCGAGAAGAGUUCAUUAUAGCAUUCUCACCAAUUGUCGCCGAGGCCACCGCUACAGCAUACAAGGGCGCUACAAAUGAUAUUCAACAGAAGCUUCGUCGUGUUGUGGAGGUAUGGCGUCAGCGAAAUGUUUUCGAAGGGCCUAUUCUGGAUGCUGUGGAUGGCAGGGUGAAUGACAUUGAUAAGACACGUUCGACUACUAAAAAGCAGCCUCUUGGUGGCUCCUUGUUCAAGGACUCCUCCGCUGGGUCUACACCAUCCGAGCUUCAACCACUCGUCCCUCUCCAAGUUUCCGUUAAUAAAGCCGCUAUUGCCUCUAGCACGAUAGCUUCAUCUGCGACACAUGAGUACGAAAAGCUGAAUGACACCAAAGAAUCGCUGCCCGCUCCUCCCGUUCACGCCGCGCGUCUAAGCCAACUCCUCAAGUCCCUUGCCAAUGCUGAAAGCUCGGUUUCAGAGGUCAUCAAGUCACGACGCCAGCUGAUCGACGGUCUUGAAAAACUUCUUGCAAUUAACCGAUCGGAAUUAGCGAAGGAGGAGAGCAUAGCUGAACAAAUCACGGAAAGAAAGGCCCAGACAGAUGCGAAGAAGCGUGAAGUUGAGGAUGCCAUUAUGCAGAACAUGGGUGCAGGUGAUGAAGCACCCUAUCGAUACGGCGAAGAAGAUAUCGACCGCCCUGAAGCUGAAGAGCUAACCCCUCCACCUGUUGAAGCCAUUACACCCGUUGGAUCUCCAAAGAAUGAGCCACAACAGCAGUCUAGCCAUGGUCCCUUUACAGAGGGACCGGAAGUAACUCUUCCCCAAUCCCUCGUUAUACCCGACAACGCACAGCCUGAUAACGGACUUUCAUUCCCUGACCCAUCGGAAGUUUCUCCUGGGGGCGACAACGACUUUGAUAUCAGCCUUAAUGGGUCUGCCAAGCGACAGAAGGUUUCCCAUCGUGAGGAGGAUUACGCAGAGUUUGCGACUGGAGAUUUGGAUGCCGAUGUGGCGGCAUUGAUCGCACAGGAAGGAAAGCAAUAG